CAUCACAGACGGCACAGAGCAUCGAUCAGUCCGCACACACACCGCGUGCGCCCCAGAGUGAAGUCCUGGUGGAAACCAUGGAAACGUCUUUUUAGCACGAGGCCCAGUGACGCACUGGUCGUCUUCGUCUCCUCUGUGAAUCAUGUCCUCCUCCUUGUCCUCCUCCCCGUCCUCCUCGGAGCUGCCCUACUUUUGUCCCCGCUGCGGCGACAAGCUCCGCUUUCCGUCUGUGCCCGACCUCCGGGCUCACCUGGUCAGCCGACACACUUACGAGACCCUGCUGUUGCUGUCGCAGGCGCGGGUCAGAAGCUCCAGACCAGAUGUUCUCCUCCCACUCCUCGGCUCCGCUGCGUCCCACACACAGAGCUCCUCUCUGGGCAUGGACGCUACUGGCGCCCCCCUGCUGCUGACCUGCCUGGAUCUCACCUCGUCAUCUGCCUCCGUCCGGCUGCUCAGGGAAAUGUUUAGCUCCUCAGAUCACGUUCCCUCCUCCUCAGCAGGUCCAGAGGAACCGUCCGGCGCUCUGGAGUCUUUCCGUCGCAGAGACGUCGGCGUCCUGGACUUCGGUCUGUCAGUGGGGAUCGGGCUGGAGGAGCGACUCGGACUGGGCCUGGACCGGAUGAUCGCCCGCACGUUUGCCGAGGUGGAGGAGAGGGUGCAUCUGCGCGUGGGCCGACUGAGGGCGGAGCUGCAGAGGAGGGAGGCGGAGCUGGGGCGGCAGCGGUCGGAAGGGGAGCGGCUGAAGAGUGAGAAACAGGAAGUGGAGAAGAGGGCAAAGUACCUGUCCAGACAGGUCUCUGCUGCCGUGGAGCUGACGGAGCGCUUGAAGAACGAGCUGCAGGAAAAAGAGAAGGAGCUGAACGAACGACAACAGGAAAUGGAGGACGUGGAAAGUUUUCUGACAGCGAUGGCGAAGAAAGAAGUGGAGGCUAAGAGCAGACUGCAGGUGUUUAUUGAGUCGUUGCUGGAACGAGCCGAUCGAGCGGAGCGACAGUUACUGCAGCUCACGCGGCGAAACCCCUACGACAAAACGUACGCGUACACCGACUCGUACGCGGCGAGGGAGGAAUAUUUACCUGUACACGGUCGAGGAGGACGCAGUCUGGACGGCAGCGCGAGCGACGUCGGUACAGACAGAACGAGCAGCAACCGGAGGAGCUUCAGUGUUUCAGGCUCCCUCAGAGAGAGAGAUCGUCUGUACGACCAUCAUCACUACGGGAGUCUCACAGGACACAUGCGGACUCUGUCUCUUGGCUCUGGAGGCUGGAGCAGCGAGGGAGCGCUGGUCCAUCUUCACCCUCCUCACUGUCCCGCAGCCUGGACUCAGAGAGAUGGAGGAGGAGGAGGAGACGACAGAAGAGAGAGAUUAUGGGUCGGGCAGGAGGGCUGGGGUCGAACGUGGAGUAGCAACAAUCGCCGUCACUACAGCACUGAAGAAGAAGAAGAAGAGGAGGAGGAGGAGGCGGAGGCCUGGAGCAGCUCUGAGAUGAAGAGGCUCGUCUUCACCAGGACACAAACACCAGGAUCAGACAUCCUCUCCUCCCUCUGCUCCACUCCCUCCUGUUGUCAUGGCGAGAGGCGGCUGGGGGCGGACACCUUGAGGCUGAGGGCGGGGCUCUUCUGCGUCCUCCCGUAUCUGGACGUGCGCUCACUGCUGCGGGCCGCGGAGGUGUGCUCUGAUUGGCGCUUCGUUGCCAGGCACCCGGCGGUCUGGACACGCCUCCAGCUGGAAAACGCCCGUGUGUCGCCCGAGUUCCUGACCACACUGUCUCAGUGGUGUACACAAACUCAGUCUGUGAUUCUGAACAACCUGAAGCCACGAGGUCGACGAGUCGAUGAGACGCGAGAGGACUAUCACAGGAACACGAGAGGCAGCGUGGAGCCGGGUGUGGAGGCGCUGCUGCGGUCAGCAGGGGGCAGUCUGCUCCACCUGUCCGUCUCUCAGUGUCCUCACAUCCUCACUGACAGGACGCUGUGGUUAGCGAGCUGCUACAGCAGGAACCUGCGGACGCUGACGUACAGGAGCUCUUCACAUCCUCUCGGUCAGGAGGUUCUCUGGGCUCUCGGUGCCGGCUGCAGGAGCAUCAGCGGCCUACAGGUGGCGCCCGCUCAUCCCAGCCAACAACCGACGCGAUUUGGAAACCGCUGCUUGCAGACGAUUGGUCGAUGCUGGCCACACCUCCGCUCGCUCAGUGUGGGUGGGGCCGGCUGUGGGACUCAGGGAUUGGUUUCCGUUGUUCGCACCUGUGCUCACCUGCAGGUGUUGGAGCUGGAGCGCAUUACCAACCUCAGCCUGCAGGUGGCGACCGAGCUGUGCGAGGCCGGACUGAAGAGUCUGCAGACGCUGAUCCUGACGCACACGCCUGUGAGCGGACAGGCCAUCCUGCAUUUCCACAGUGUGUGCGCUAAUAUCAGGUCUAUCAGGGUCGAGGUCUCGGUGUCAGAUUACUUUGAGGAGCCAGACGCUCCUGAAGCUCGACGACUGUUUGGGGAAAUUCUCAGUACGUUAAAGGUUCUCCAGAUGCAUCCAGGACUGUGUGAUGUCCUGCAGGUUAAAGCUGAAGGAUUCUGCUGACCUCAGCACACACACACACACACACAGAGUACACACAGUACACACACACACACAGAACACACACACAUGAGGCUGAAAUGUCCCCACAAAUCACAACGUCCCUACAAUGUUGGUUACUUUGCGGUCCUCACAAAGGCAGCAGUAGGACAUACACACACUCACAUGUCGGUACUUGUGCACUCGUGAGGACCCACGUUUACCAAUGCUGGGGCCUUGAGAGAAAAGCAGAUGCUAGGCUAACACGGAUGCUUACAUUAGCGUUAAUAUUAGCAUUUACAAGCUACAGAUGCUAAGAAUUUACCAAGCUAGCAGAAACAGAAAAACAAAUGACAAAAAGAUCAGGACCGAACAAACCCCGAUCUGUACAAAACCCUUUACAUGAAAGCCCCUUAAAAUAUUUUAAAAUUUUAAUUAAAUAAUUAAUUUAAAUAUUUCCUCCUCCUUUAGCAGGAAACACCCUUUAUUCUUACUCUAUUUUGUCAAAAUCCCCUUUCGUUAUUUAAGACAAAACAUCAAAUUCCUUUUAAAAAUAACCCUUAUCCUCCAUUAACAAACCCUUUAUUCGUAGCCUUUAGUUUGACGUACCGGCCCUUUAAGCUGACAGCAUUGUCAUUUUUCUACAAAUCUUUCUUCUACUUUAAGGUAAAAUAAAAAAACCUUUAAUGUCACUUAUUAACUGUAAUAAGUGAACUUUUCCUUUUCCUUUUGCGUUAUCUUUUAAACAUAAGCACAAGCACACACGAGUAUGCACAAAUAUUUUUGCACAAAAAAACCCACUGAUUCAUACACCAAAGACAAUCAUUCAUUCAUUCAUUAAAACACGCAUUGUCUAUUGUAUGUAAACGUCCAUCAACAAUGUCUUUCAUUGUGUUUGUUGAUAUUCAGGUGCUACGUGUCAUUUUACCGCCAAUAAAACAUUUUAAAUAAGUUUC